AUGGCGAUUCACGAUCAAGGUCAUGAUGACGAUUACAGUGAUGGUAACGAUUACGAUAAUGAUCACGAUAACGGUAACGGUUGGAGUAAUAGUAACGAUGAUGGUAACAAUAACAUAAACAAUAAUGAUAACGGUAACAGUGAUGGUUACAGAGAUGGUAAUGGUAACGGUGACUGUAACGGUGAUGGUAACAGUAACUAUAAUCGAAACAGUAACGAUGAUGAUAACAGUGACGAUAACGUACACGAUUACGGUAAAUGUAACAGUGAGGGUAUUGGUAAUGGUAAUGAUUACGAUAAUGGUAACAAUAAUGGUUACUACGACGGUAACGAUGACGGUAAUGGUAACAGUAAUGAUAACGGUCACGGUGAUGAUAACGGUGACGGUGACGGUGACGGUAACGGUGACAGUGAAAGUAAUGACGAUUACGAUGAUGGUCACGGUAACGGUAAUGGUAACAAUAACGGUGAUGUUGACGAUGACUAUAACGGUAACAGUAAAGAUAAUGGUCACGGUCACGGUAACAAUCACUGUAUCCGUAACAAUAAUAGAAUGAUGAGAGUAAUGGUAACGGUAUUAGUGACGGUAACGAUGGCGGUGACGAUGACGGUAAUUAACAGUAACGAUGAUGGUAAUAGUAAUGAUUACAGUAACAGUGACGGUAAUAGUAACAGUAAUGGUAGCGGUAAUAGUCACGAUAACGGUUAUGGUCACGGUGAUUGA